GUGGAAGCCUAAAGGCGCAAAACAGUCUAGGGAUAUGUUAUGAGAAUGGGAACGGUGUAGAAAAGGAUUUGAGCAAGGCAUUCGAAUGGUACUCAAAAAGCGGAGAAGUAUAUUUUGUAUGUGGACAAUAUAACGUAGGUCGACUUUAUGAUAGCGGUAAAGGGGUUGACCGAGACACAAAGAAAGCUUUCGAAUGGUUCUCGAAAUCGACAGAGAUGGGUUAUGAGUAUGGAUACCUUGAAUUGGGUGAGAGGUUUUAUUAUGGAUUUGGAUCAAAAGCUGACACCAUAAAGGCGGUUUACUGGUUGGAAAGAGCCAAAAAUGAAGAAAUAACCCGGACCCAAGCGGAAUUCAUGCUUGAAGUAAUCUUUGAACGAAUGACCUUAGUUUAA